GUGUAUUCACUUGUUUAAAAUUGAGAGCCGUGCAUCUGGAGGUGGCAUAUAGUUUUACCACCGACUCAUUUAUCAUGGCACUAAUGAGAUUUGUCAGCAGGAGAGGUUAUCCAAAGGAGAUCUACAGUGAUAAUGGAUCAAAUCUAGUGGGGGCUGAACAUGAACUAAGAAAAUGUCUUCAGGGUUGGGUACAGGAACGUAUACACUCUGAUUUGCUAAAAAAGGGGAUUGACUGGCAUUUCAAUCCUCCGGCUGCUAGUCAUUGGGGAGGAGUGUGGGAGCGCAUGAUUCGCUCUGUACGUAGGGUAUUGAGUACUCUUGUAAAGGAACAACCUUUAACAGAUGAAUGUCUUGAAACUUUCAUGACAGAGGCUGAACGUAUAAUUAACAAUCGACCUUUGGUUCCCGUUACAGACGACCCGAAGGAUCUUGAUGCAAUAACACCAGCGAAACUAUUACUAUUGCGAGAGAAUGUUGCAGAAUUCGCUAACACUCUAUCUAAUGACAGGUAUUCUAAGAGAUGGAAGCAAGCGAAUUAUUUGGCACAAGUAUUUUGGAGACGUUGGUCUAAGGAACAUGUAUCACUAUUGCAGCGUCGUUACAAGUGGACACAACUAGAGAGGAAUAUACGUGAGGGUGACUUAGUAAUGAUAUGUUCUGACUUUUCCGAGAAAAACAAGUGGCCCUUAGGUCUAGUACAAAGAGUGAUACCAAGUAAGGAUAGACUAGUAAGACAGGUAGAGCUGAGGACGAGAAAGGGUAUUCUAGUGAGAGAUAUACGUAAACUGUGUCUUCUUGAAGCGGCAGAUGGUAGGUAGUUAAUCGGAUCCCUAGGCGUACUGGUGUAAGUCCUAGGGAUCACGAGGUUGUCGGUAUAUUGAAUGUUUGUUGUUGAUUGCUUGCGAUGCACAUACUUGGAUCGCUGUUACCUAUUUUGUCUGUGAAAAGAACCAAGGUUCUUUUGGUCGGGAGUGUUACGGGAGAACUGAAGACAUUUGGCUGAUUAAAAACUUUAUAUUAAAUAUCAUUAAUUUCACUGGUUUUUGGAUGUAUUUGUUUUACGUAACUUCUGAACUUGUUUGUUUAUAUUAUUAUUUCGGACAUUUUUUUGGUUUCUGUUUAUCUUUGGCUUGUUAAUUGGAAGUUUUGCUCCGGGAACCUAUAAAAUUGAAGGUUUGUUUUGUAGUUAUUAUAAUAAUUAUUGUUGUUAGAACGACAUUUGGUCGACUAUUUGUGAAUUGCG